GUCGACCCAUGUGGAAUCCGGCGCUGUGGCUGAUAAAGAUGUUGGUAGCACCUGUGUUCAAGCAGUUCUAAACUUGGGUGUCGCGCCGCGAGCAGGGUCACGAGGUCGUCACAAAAGCCUGAUAGUAUGCCAGGGUGUCGCAGCUCGGCACUCCGGUGCACCGCGAUGGAGCAGAAAAACUCACGCCGCGAAAACCUUCACGACGACAGAGACUAGGGGCAGGCCAAGGUGUCACUCUGUGACACCCCGUCGCGCCACGACGGUCUCGUAUUUUAGUGGACGUUGGCUAUGGCGAGAUUAG